AUGAUCAAAGUGUCGCUGAGAAAGAAUACGCUUGCUUUCAGAAACAAUGGAUAUGUAUUGAGAAGCUCUUUGUGCAGGACAUAUGCCUCGUUAUCACCAUUAGGUGUUGAUCAAACGGUUGAGAACAACCUCCAAACUGAAACUAAUAGGUUGGCGAAAACAUUCACAAAAUUCUGGGAUAACGUCACUUUAAAUAGUGACAACGAUGCACUCACUGUUGCAUUAGACAAUAAACCAAUCAGAACUUCAUUAGGCCACACUCUUACUGUACCUAAAAGCCGUGAGUUAUUGGCAAUUAUGCUAAAGAACGAAUGGUCGUCACUACCCAACCUUUCAAUCAAGCCACAUUCUCUACCACUUACUUCCAUAGUAUCUCGAUGCAUCGAUUUGGAAUCCGUCUCAAAACCGGGCUGUGAUCCAGAUUUGGUUUCCAAAAUCGGAGGUGACCGGGUGAAGCUGUCAGAAGCAUUAUUACGCUACUUAGAUACCGACACUUUGCUCUGUUUCUCUCCUCACGCAGAGUAUGAAGGAACUUUGAGAUCGGCUCAAAAUGAAAUGUACCUCCCAAUAAUAUCUGCAAUUGAGAGAUUCCUUUCAAAAUUUUCUUCAGGCCCAUUGAGACUUCAAGUGUUGGAUGCUGAUCUCCACGGCCUAAGAGGUAACGCUCAGUCUGAGGAGGUUAGAGAGGCGGCCAGAAAAUACCUGAAUACGUUGAAUCUAUGGGAUUUCACCGUCUUUGAAAAAACCGUUCUCACUACCAAGUCAUUCAUAUGUGCGAUACUAUUGUUGGAGAGCAAGGCCAAGUGCUCAUCUCUGAAUAUGAAACUUUCGAUGGAGGAAAUAGCUAAGUGCGCAACUUUGGAGACGAUUUAUCAAACCGAUCGUUGGGGUGAGGUCGAAGACACACAUGACGUUGACAAGAGAGAUGUAAGAAGAAAUAUAAAUGCCGCUGCAAUUGUAGCCUAUGAAGAAUGA